AUGGUGUUAAAAAUCCAUAGCGUACCUUGUACUGCAGAACAAUUAACAGUUCAACAGUUAAGUUACUGUUCUCAAGGACGGACGAGUUGCAUUUGGGCCAACGAAAAUUCGUGCCUGACUCUCCCGUGAAAUCAACUUGACUAAAAUGGCGAAUUUCCGGGGAUUCUACAUACCCUCCAUCGGAGCUACGGUGAACGUAGCUUGGGAAACAUUAAAAGCCAAAUGGCCGGAGAACAGUCCUUGCAUGGAGUUAAUUCGCGGCAAUGGCGGGGGUCAAGGUCAGCAAAAAGACUCUAAACCAUUCACCGAGGGUCAGGAAACCACGGAGAUGACGUCCAUGAAUGGAGAACACGCAUACACAGACCAGAACAAUUUAGGGGUCGCCGAGGAUUCGUUCAGCUACCAAAGGAGCGGGGAAAACGCAAGAGCCGGAAGUCUCAGCAGCGCCGGUUUCAGUGAAUACGACGACGGUGGUGAAUUUGGUAGUUCCGGUGUGAAGAUUAACGAGUGGCAAGCUGCCUGGAACGUGACCAAUGCUAUCCAGGGUAUGUUCAUCGUUUCUUUGCCGUUUGCCGUACUCCGAGGUGGUUACUGGGCAAUCGCAGCGAUGAUUGGUAUAGCCCACAUUUGCUGCUACACCGGAAAGAUCCUGGUGGAGUGUCUAUACGAACUUGAUACCGUAACAGGACAACGAGUACGAGUACGAGAUUCCUACGUAUCAAUUGCUAAAGAAUGUUUUGGACCAACGUUGGGCGCCAGGGCGGUAAACAUUGCCCAGAUCAUUGAGCUGUUAAUGACGUGCAUCCUCUACGUGGUAGUCUGUGGUGAUCUACUGAUAGGUACCUUUCCCGAAGGAGCCAUUGACGCUAGAAGUUGGAUGAUGCUGACCGGUAUAUUUUUGCUGCCUUUAGGAUUUUUAAAAUCCCUACAGCACGUUUCCGUGCUUAGCUUCUGGUGCACCAUGUCCCAUCUUUUUAUAAAUGCUGUUAUCAUCGGCUAUUGCAUACUUGAAAUUGGAAACUGGGGUUGGUCUAAAGUCAAAUGGACCAUUGAUAUGGAAACGUUUCCUAUAUCCCUUGGAGUAAUAGUCUUCAGUUAUACGUCCCAGAUCUUUUUACCUACUUUGGAAGGCAAUUUGAUUGAUCGUUCCAAGUUUGAUUGGAUGCUUAAUUGGAGUCACGUCGCUGCAGCAGCUUUUAAGUCUCUAUUUGGCUGGAUCUGCUUUCUCACAUUUCAAGAUGAUACUCAGCAAGUCAUAACUAAUAAUCUUCACUCUGCUGGUUUCAAGGGUCUUGUUAAUUUGUGUCUUGUUGUCAAAGCCGUACUUUCUUACCCAUUGCCAUACUAUGCUGCCUGCGAGUUACUUGAGAGGGCCUUCUUCAGGGGUCGUCCUAAAACACUCUUCCCCACUAUCUGGACUGUCGAUCGCGAAUUAAAAGUUUGGGGCUUGGCAUGGCGAGUUGGGGUUAUUGUAUUUACCAUUUUAAUGGCUAUCUUUAUACCCCACUUUACUACACUAAUGGGAUUUAUUGGAUCGUUCACUGGCACAAUGCUUUCCUUUAUAUGGCCAUGCUACUUUCAUUUGAAACUAAAGAGAAACUCCAUGGAAUGGGGUGCAGUUGCAUACGAUUGUUUUGUUAUAUUUUUGGGAAUACUCUUUGGUGUUAUUGGCGUUUAUGAUUCUGGCACGGCGUUAAUCAAAGCCUUUAAAAUUGGCUUGCCCUUCUAGAUGAUCCUAGAGCAUUUAGUUCUCAUAUAUCAUUCUGUCAAUCUAUUAUUAGAACAUUCUUUCCACGACCGAGUUUGGGUCGAUACCCUGCAGUUGAAUUUGUCAAACUCUCACGGCGACAAGUAAAUAUUUCUAACGUAAAAAAGGGUUCUAAUGUUUUAUUCGUUUAUAGAGAUAUGCGAGAGUCAUUUUAAUAAGUGUCAUUUUCGUCAUUAUUCCAUAACGUUGUCGUAUCGACGAAACAGAAAGAAACAGACAAUUAUAUAAUCUACGCGAUAUUGACCGAAAUGUGCAUAUAUAAGUGUGUACACGUAUACACAAAUAUAAAGCCACGUAAUUAUAAGUAUUAAGGUUAUGAAAUGUCAUAAAUUUACCAAACGUCAUAUCAAAUUCGUUCUCCUUUUGGGAAUCGGUUUUCGUAUAACGACCGUGUUGUCGGAGCUUUUAGGUUCUGGCUUCUAGAGCGCAGAGUGAUCGUGACAAUAUCAUAAGUCCUAAGGAUCAAUGUCUUCCAAUGUUACGAAGUAAAGAAGAAAACCAAAUACAAAAAAUACUGUACAAGUUAACUACUGUUGUAUAGGUUUCUGGAUUUUAUAAUAAUAUUAUGAACUCAUGAUUUUUAUGUGAGCGUUAAUCGUGUAAUAGGCCGUGUAAGCUCGUAGGGGAUAAUUUCAAAAGCACAGAACACUUUUGUGUUUAUAACGAAAUUUCUUUUCCCUAGUUUUCUUCUUUUUUUAAUGAUUUUACGAUAUCUAAGACACUCGAUAGUUCCAAGCGAUGCUUCACGGACGCCAUACUAGAUUAUUAUAUAUAGAGAGUUAUGUACAAUGAAAUAAUCCAAUGUCUUCCAAGUCUCGCGAGACCAUAUAUUAUAUAAACCAGUUUUAAGAUACGUAGCACGGACUACGUUAGUUUUAUGGUGCAGGAUAUGAGAGUCUUAUGAAUUUUUAUUAAAUAUUACAUUAAGUGAAGAUCAAAUUUUUUUAAAUGAACAAUUCUUGUUUAAUAUUUUAUCCAGUAUGGAAGUAUACAAGAUUUUGGAAAAUUAAUUAUUUGUAAGUCAAUUUCUUUGAUUUGUACAUAUCCUGCACUUUAAGUGUUAUUAUAGUAAGUUUAACGAGUCUUCCAAUGAUGUCUUCCAUGACAGGCGAGUAUUAUAUCCUAAUCGCAAGAAAUAAAAGAAAAGAAUGAUUGUCAAUAAUAGAAAGCAUUAUAGAGAAACGUAGGUAUUAAGACAAUAAUGUUGUAUGUAAUAAUGAUCGAGGGAUCAUUCGCGAUGGAUUUUCAGGAAUUGUACACAUACAUUGGCCGAGCUAUGCCAUGUUUGAAUUAUUAUCAACGUCUCGCUGGCGAUUCGAAAGAUGCCUUAGCUUAGAGAAUCUUACGGGUUUAUAUAUGUAUUUUACUCGUAGAUUCAAUAUAUUUCUGCCUUCGCGAAUAGAUCCUCAAAAUCAAAAUCGUAUCGUGUACGUAUUUACGUGUAAUAUAAAUAAAAGCUAUGCGAGAUCCUUCGAAGAGUCAUAAUAAAUGAAUGACGUUAAUGAAUAAGUUUCGAAUUGUCACGUAUUUGAAUUCUCGAUACUUCUUGCCGAUUUGAUUUAGAAUCAUCGAAGCGAUCGAGAAUUAUCAUGUGAUCGGUGAUCCACAAUUUCAUGACAAUUCGAAACUACUCUCGACAAUGUUACAGUUAAAAUAUAGACGUUACGAACGAUGUAAGGGGCUUCCAUAUUACGAAAAUGAAAAAGUACACUAUGGAAAUUUUA